AUGGCAGGUGAAAUGGAGCGUGACUGUUUGGUUGGUUAUGGAGCCAGUAUGUUACUUAUGAAACGCUCUUCUGACCAAUUUGAUGUUCAUGUCUUGAAAAAUGUGGAAUACACUUUAAAAAACAAUACCUUGAAUAAUUUUAUUCUUGAUAGUAAUAAUACUGUCAUUUGA